UAAACAACAAUACGAGAAAACUGAAAAAUAAUCUUGAAUUAGGAUAGUUUUAUUAGUAAAACUUAUCUAGAUCUGUAAUUUUGUAAGAUUACAAGCUUAAGCAGCUAAAUUAAAAGCUAAACUUUGUGUUUGUAAAGUGCUAUUUCCAAAAAUGUCGCUUUUUCCGGCAUAUGCACUAGAAGAUGCCGAAAGUUGCACCGAUGUGCAAGGAAUGCAAGAAAUGUCUCCUGCAUGCGAGGCGAGCUUACUGGCCAGCGACGACGAGGCGCCGCCGCCGCGCUCGCCGCCGCCGCCGCCGCCGCCGCCGCCGCCCUCCUUCCGCGACACCUUCUACCUAGACCCCAAGUCGGACUACGGCAACUUGCGAGUGUCGACCCUGUACUACCCUGGCAGACCUCAGUACGCCAGCCGCAGCUCGGCGGCGCUGGGCGCGGCGGGCGGGGCGGGCGGGGCGGGCGGGGCGGGCGCGCGCAAGCGGCGCUACUUCGAGGCGCGCGCGCCCGAGCCCGGCCCGCUCGCCGACGAGCUGGCGCCGCGUCUGGCCGCCUUCCGCGCCAUGCUGGCCGACACGCCCACCGACGUCGACCUGUGGCUCCAGUUCAUCCGCUUUCAAGUCAGUAUCGGGACUCUUUGCUAUAGACAACAUAAUGACACCACAGUCGUCCGACUGAAGUGUUAAUUUUUAAUCCGAACGGAGCAUCGAGCGUGUCCAGUAUGAAGCGCUCAUAAGUGAAAGAUAAGAGGCCGUCGACAGUUGACCUUAAUGGAUUUCACUGACGCGGA